AUGAUACACCAGUUCAUUUGGAAGCAAAUUGCAUAACAAAAACUGCAAAUGAAAAAACAAGAACUCGAAUCAUAGAUCCAUUUUCACGCGCUAUCGUUCGGAUUUUGAAGCUCUUCAAACUAGGAGACAAUAAUAAUGUUACUUUUCGUUGCUUUCUCCCUCGUUCUUUUAUUCUCCUUUAUUCCUAUUAUUGUUCCACCAAUAACUAAACUGAUUGUGCUUGCAAUAAAGAAAGUUGAUGAGGAUGAAAUCAAAACACGUCAGGAGCUGAAGAAUCUCAAGGAAGAGCUUGGAACAUUUAGUGCAAUGGAUGAGUUUGCUCGACAUGCCAAAAUUCAGAGAAAAAUUAAUAAACUAAUGGAGGAAGUUCAAAAACACACAAAAACAAGAUCUGAUGUAUUUGUUGCUGUAAAAAUGCUAGUAUCUGGAGUCUUGAAAGCAAUUCAGAUUAUUAUCUCCUUGAGUUUGAUUAUAACAUAUAGAGCUGAUCCUGUGAUUAUGUUGCCUUUAGAUUGGGUCACUCCAUGGCCCUUAUGGAAAAUACUUGCCUUCCCAACAGGUAUUGAAGGUGCAGUAGGACUGACUUUCUGGCUGAUCGUCUGCCGAAGUGUUGUUUCACAGUCACACAGAUUAUUUGGCAAAUCAUGAUCUUCGUUAUUGGAUGCAUCAACAGAGCGGUCGUCCAUUUGUGUAUAAACAAACUAUUGAAAGAUAGAAGUUCAACAUGCAGUCAUAAUAACAUU